AGGUUUUUGCCAAACAAACACACCCACAAACACACAGCAACACUUGACGAACGGUAGACGCUAUAGGGAAAAGAGAUGAACGUAGGUAACGCCGCUGCCGCCCCAGCCGCCGCUCCGCAGGAGCGCUCGCGCGUCGUGCGAAUUCUGGUCCUGGUUGACUGCGCUGUCCUCGUCAUCUUUGGUUUUAUCGCUUUCAUCGGGAAUCUCCUGAACUUCUUCGACCUGACCGUCCCGGUCCUCGCCAUUUACAUGUGUAUCUUCGGCCUUGUCCUCACCUCGUGCGAGAUGAACUUGGCGGCUAGCAAGACGUACUUCGGCGCCCUGCAUGAGUGGCUUGGUGAGGCGGUGUUCAUGAUUUUUGUUGGAACGCUGGGCGUGGCCAUUUGGACCGCCAGCCUCUUUGGCUUAAUCGGCGGCUUCUACUCCAUUGUUGUCGGUGCUGCAGUCAUCGUGGACCAGUUUGCCUUUGGACGUCGGUUCCUGAACAACGCGCCGCAGCCGGCAGCGGCCGCAUGA